AUGUCAUCAUCAUUAUCACAUUCACUUGGUUCUACGAGAGCUGUAACUGGUCUUGAUGAUUCAUUAUUUUCACCAAUUCAAAUAGAUAAUCUGCAAUAUUAUUAUAAUCAAUCAUCUGAAUCUGCCUCACAUUCAUCAGAUUAUGAUGAGGAUGUUGGAUAUAGUGAUGAAGUGGAAACAUCAGAUGAACAAGUACCCAUAUCUGCAUUAUACGAAGCUAAUGAUGCUCUUAUGAAUGUACUUAAAGCACAUAUUGAAUUGAUGGCAUCAACACAUCGUUAUAUUAAUCGGAAGAAAAAAAAUGAUUAUAAAAACUCACAGAAACAUGUUAUAAACGAUAAUAACAAUCAUCACUCAAAACAAGGUUUUAUUAUUGAUAAUCAAACACAACAUCACGAUACAAAAUUCAUAAAACGAACAAGAUCAAUACCCAAUGUAAAUUCGUCUCCCGAAAGAAAUACAUAUGAACUAUAUGAAGAAAUAAAUACAAUUAUUGAUAAAACAAAAUUUCCGAUAUCAAUUAUGGAAAAAUUUGUUCGACAAAAUCCACUUCUUUCACCUCCAUCACAUUCCUCUUCAACAUCAAAUCCUAGUGAAAUGGGUGUAACAAAUCUUAUAUCAACACCAUUAUCACCUCCAUCAAUCACAUCACCAACAACGUCUUAUUCUCCUCCUCCACUUCCACGAGAUCUUACAUCACCUCGUCUAUCUGAAACAGCUGAAGUAACUGUCUAUCCAUCGUCUGUUAGUUUAAAAGGUCUUCUUUCUUAUCAAGAUGUGAUGAAUGCUAUUGAACGUGAAUUUCAUUUACAUGAAGGACAAGAACGUGAAAUUAUUAUGAAAUUAUGGUUAAAAGGACAAACAAUGAUAUCGAUUUUACAACGAUAUAGACAUUUAUUACAAGAUCUUAAUUUAGAUGAUCAAGAUUUUUUAAAUGGAAUGAAACAAAUACGUGAAAUGAUUAAUUAUGCUGAUCGUGAUGUUCAUCAUCUUCGUGAACAAACAAUAAUGCUUGAAAAUCAAAAUCGUUUUCUUGAAAGUGAAUUUCAUCGACAAUUAGAUAAGAUUAUUAUGGAAAAAAAUGAACAGAUCAGUCGAUUAAUACAUAUUAUUGAUCAAACAUGUGCCCCACCAGCUGAAUAUACAGAUCAUAUUAGAGAUAUUACACAUGCAACAGGAAAUCAUGAUCUUCUUGCACAAAAAUUUAUGCAAGAAAAUGUUGCAUUGCAACGUGAAUUAGAAACUCUUCGUGCUAGACUUGAAUAUACAUUUACAUUACUAAAUGAAAAAUUAGAUCAAUAUGGUGGAUCGUCUCCAUCAUCGGUUAUUCAAACAGCUAUUGAUCAAAUGCGACAUUCUGAUGCUAAAUUACAAGAACUUCAAUUAAAAUCUUCAUUUCAACAAGAAGAAAAUGAUCUUCUUCGAUAUAUAAUGGAUAGAUCUCAACAUUCAUCAAAUCCUGAUGUAACACAAUUAUUUAGUAUUAUUGAACAACGUUCACUUGAACGUGAAUUACAUCGUGUUCGACAUGAACUUGAAAUAACUGAAAAUAAAAUUGUUGGUCUUGAACAAAAAUUUGAACAUUCCGAUGAAACUGUUAAAUUUAAUAUUGAAAGACUUAAAUUAAAAUGUGAUGUUUUACGUCAACAUAUUUUAACAUGUAAUCGACGAUUGAACGAAGCUAUGAAACAAUUACCGGAUGAAUUUAUGGAUGAUAAUGAAAUAUCAAAACACGAAAAAAAUUUCGAACUUAGAGGAAAUAAUACAAUUCAACUUGAAAAUGAACUUUCAUUACUACGCGAACAGUAUAAUGAAUUACUUCAAUAUUCGAAUACUAUCAAAUUUGAAUUGGAUAAUGCAAGAAAACAAUUACAUGAACAAAAUACACUUGAUUCAAGUACUAUUCCAAAUGAUUCAUCGGAAUUAGAACAUGAACGUCGACGUUCUACUCAACUUGAAAAAGAUUUAAUAUCACUUAAAAUAAAGUAUGAAGAUGUAUGUGAACGUGUUACAGCUGCUACACUUCAACUUGAACGUGUACAAGUUGUACUUGAACAAACUUUACGUCGUUGUGAGCAACUUGAAAAAGAAAAGCUACGCAAGAAACUGACGAACUAUCCACAAGCACAAUCUAGUGCUUUUUAUCACCCAUCACAGCUAGAAAUUAAUGGAAAAUCUGAUCAUCUUUCACAAAAUGUUGCAAGUGUAACAGCGAAAUAUAAAGAUAAAAUGAAUACAAUUAAAUCACGUUUGUAA